CGUCUCGCCCUACUUCAUUUCCAAGAUGGCGGACAGCGCGAGCGAAAUGAGCGAGAGCGAGUCGACAGAUGGGGGAGGGAGUAAGGCCACUUCUCCCACCGAGGAGCUCCACAACCGCAUCAGUUCUCUCCAGCAGGAGAACAGAGUCCUCAAGAUAGAGCUGGAGACCUUCAGGAUGCGCUGCAAGGCGCUACAGGAAGAGAACAAGGCGCUACGCAAGGCCAGUGUGUCGAUCCAAGCCCGUGCUGAGCAGGAAGAGGAGUUCAUCAGUAACACUCUCCUGAAGAAGAUCCAGUCUCUCAAGAAGGAGAAGGAGAAACUGGCCAUGAACUACGAACAGGAGGAAGAGUUCCUGACCAACGAUCUGUCACGCAAGCUCAUGAAGCUGCGUGAAGAGAAGGUCCAGCUGGAACAGACCCUGGAGCAGGAGCAGGAGUUCCAGGUUAACAAACUCAUGAGGAAGAUCGAGAAGCUUGAAAAUGAGAUCCACCAGAAGCAAAACAACUUGGAACAGCUGCGUCGUGAGAAGGUGGAAUUAGAGAACACCCUGGAACAGGAGCAGGAGGCUCUGGUCAACCGGCUGUGGAAACGCAUGGACAGACUGGAGGCAGAGAAAAGACUGCUGCAGGAGAGGCUGGACCAGCCUGUGUCGGCGCCGCCUUCACCGCGAGAACUGACGGAGGGUGACACGGCACAGAACCUGACCAUGCACGUACAGUACCUGCGUAACGAGGUGUCCAAGCUCAGGAGACAACUGGAGCUCGCACAGCAAGAACAUGCGGAGAAGAUGGCUCACUACGUAGCUGAGGAGAAGCAGAUAAAGGAGGAGAACGUGAGGCUGCAGAGGAAGCUGCUGAGGGAGAUGGAGAGAAGAGAGGCGCUGAGCAGACAACUGUCGGAGAGUGAGUCCAGUCUGGAGAUGGACGAGGAGAGGGCCUUUAAUGAGAUGGCAUCCCACGGUGGGAUCCGACCGCGUACGGUGUCCAGCCCCAUCCCCUACUCCCCCUCCUCCAGCCGCUCCAUGUCACCAGGUGGGAAUGAAGGACAAAGUGCGACGUUCAGCCACUCUCCGUUCGGGCCCCCCUCCCCACUCAGCCGCUGCUCUUCCUCCAGCUGUAGUUUCCAGUCUACUCCCAGCAUGCACUUCACCAGCAUGUCACCACCUCUGCGGCCAGCCAGCAGACCUUCUUCCAUUAGUAGCCCUGACAAGGGAUUUGCCAAGCCUGCCUCCCCUCUACAUAGUGGUUCGCUCCAGCCAUAUGCACUCCAACAUGGCCGCCGCUGUGGUUUGUACAAAUGUAAAUUAAUGUUCAGCUUAGUGAUGUAUAACUGUUGCCUUCCACAAUGAAGAUGAAAACCCUAGAAAUGUGAUGUUGCUUCACAACUGAGUCUCUAGCUAUAGGAUACCCUUGACAAAUGCUUUGGACUGGUAGAUGUUCAGUUCGUUAGAUUUAACGAGAGACUUGAAAGGGUUAUACAGAAAGAAAACACUGUAUCUUGGUGACUUAGACAACGUAAAUUUGUAGCCAUUUGAUUGGAGAGAAGAGUUAUUUUUUCUUUGCUGGCUAAUCUUUUGUAAAUGCUGUUGGAAAGAAAUGUAAAAGCUAUUAUUCCUAAGUAUGUGGUAUUGAUUUAAAGUUUAUAUAUAGUAUGACUUGGUGCUGAGUUGGACUAAGGCUAUACUGCUGCUGUAUUCUUUAUUACUUUCCACAAAGAAGCCACAAAGUUUUUUCUAUCUUUUCAUUUCUAGAUUUUGUUGCUUUUGCAGUUAGACUGAUAGAUACUUGCUGCCUUUGUUUCAAAUGCUUGAAUGUGACGUGCGAAAGAUUCGAGGCUUGAUGUUUGAAGUUACAUGUAGAUGGCAGUGUAAGCUUGUUACUUUUUUGUUUAGUGUGUAUCUGAGGAUGUUACCUUGGUUUUUAGGGCGUUAAUUUUGUGUUAAAUUCCCAAGUUUUGGUAACCACCAUCUACAAUGUACUGGCUUCUUGUGACAAUGACUAUUCUGGUUAUAUUAGUACUACACUAUACACUGAAUUUUCAUUGUACAUGUACUUUAAUAUGACAAGGUUUACAGCUUUGAAACCCUGGUUUGCAACCCUAAACCUUGGGAAAUCCCUGUGUCCACAACUUUAAUUUGCUUUAAUUGUCUUCAUUGUUUUCUAUAAAAUUGUGUCUGGAAAUUUAAGAAAAAAGUGUGUAACAGCUGUGCAAGCUUAUUUAGUACAAUGAUUUGCAAUUAUGGUAGUUUGUUGGUUGGUUGACAAGCUUUGCUCAGUUUGUUUUGUAGAUACAUGUACAUGUAAGUAUACUGUAAAAGAAUCUAUCUGAUAAUUAUGUAUUGCAUGGUGGAGUGUACUGAAAAGUAAAAACCAUGCAGCUUUCC